ACAUAAGUUUGAUAUACUUUCCCUAUAUAUAUGUAUGUUAUGUAGCAUCAAUGGUCAUUCCUACUCACAGCCAAACAAAAGAUGGAUAAAAGAUGGAGUCUUGUAGGUAUGACUGCUCUUGUAACCGGUGGAGCCAGCGGAAUCGGGCAUGCCAUAGUAGAGGAGCUAGCCAGUUUCGGAGCCAGAAUCCAUGUGUGCGACAUAUCUGAAACACUGCUCAAUCAGAGUUUAAGCGAAUGGGAAAAGAAAGGGUUUCAAGUGAGUGGUUCAGUAUGUGAUGUAUCCUUUCGUCCCGAGAGAGAAACACUUAUGCAAACCGUCUCAGGGAUAUUUGAUGGCAAGUUGAAUAUUCUUGUGAACAACGUUGGCGUGGUUCACACUAAGCCCACAACCGAAUAUGACGCAAACGAUUUCUCGUUCCAAAUAUCGACAAACUUGGAAUCUGCUUAUCAUAUUAGCCAGCUUUCACAUCCUCUCCUGAAGGCUUCUGGAUUUGGAAGCGUUGUCAUGAUUUCCUCUGUUGGAGGGGUUGUAUCAAUGUGCUGUGGAUCCAUCUAUUGCCUGGCGAAAGGAGCUUUGAAUCAACUGGCCAAAGUUUUGGCGUGUGAGUGGGCAAAAGAUGGCAUACGCACCAACUCUGUUGCUCCUAAUUUUGUCAACAAAACUACUAUGGCUCAACCUUUUUUCAAGGACGCUGGUUACGAGAAGAGUUUGUUAAGUAGAACUCCACUUGGUCGCGCUGGAGAACCAAAAGAGGUUGCAUCACUUGUGGUUUUCCUGUGUCUACCUGCAGCUUCAUAUAUUACUGGUCAGACCAUUUGUGUUGAUGGAGGUCUCACUGUCAAUGGUUUCUCCUAUCAGCCAGAGGCUUGAGCUGGGACUUGUGUGUGUUGGUGAUGCAGCGUACAAGUAUAAGUAUGUUUCAAUUUGAUGUUGGGUUUUGUAAACCUUUUCCUUUCUAUCAUUAAUAAAAACCAAUAAUAAGAAACUCUAGAUUUCCAUUACUAUUGGCACUCUUUGAGAAUUCAAUAGAA